AUGCUACUAAUGAGCAAUUGGAGACCAUUCUAUAAUCGUCCAUUCCCUUUUAACUAUUUGGCUUGUAAUUUCCGAUAUUUUUCUUCUGACCAUUCAUCAGUUAGUUCUACAGUUCCGGAGGAUUCACCAAAAUUUCAAGAUCGAAUACAGAAAGCCAGUGCAAAAGCUUGCGAACAGUCAAAAAAAGGUGAAAUUGAUGCAGUGCGAAAGAAAGUUGCUGAAUUAAAUGAAUAUUUUAGUCAAUAUAUCGAUGAAUAUUAUGAAGAAGACUUACCAUUAGAACAGCCAAGAGUGGCCAAAGUGAAAGGUUACAUUUAUGUUCUUUAUUAA